AUUUGGGAUAGGAUGGACUUCCGGUGGAAUUUGAGCACAGAAAAAAAUGCAAGGUCUGCGUGCAUUUAUUCCGGGAGCAUGCGGCCACAACUUGCCAAAUUAUCGGCAUGAGGGGUCCUUUACUAGAUGCUAGGAACUUACUGGACAUCUGAACUUUGCUACUCUGUCUUGGCUGGCAUUUCUAACGGGCCAUCUGUGCCUUCAGUGGAAAAAUGGCGGGGGACACGAUGGCGUCAUUCUUGCGCAGGAAAAAGCAGAUCUUGUCCGGUCUCGAUUUCGAUGGCAGCAUGUCCGGUACCGAGGGAGUCACUGGCCCCGGGAGGUCGCAGAAGUUUGAUGAGACAGAACACCCUUCUGUUGCUGACUCACGCGAGCCGGCAUUACUUCAGAGCAAAGACAAGGGGGAGUCUGAAUCCCUGGUCUUUCCCCCCAGACUGGACAAGUCCCUGAAGGGCUCCGUUGACCGUGAUCUGCUGCGGAUUUGUUCCAUUAUCAACACCAAUCCGAGUUACGUCACUACCAGCUGUUGCAGCGGGAGGAUCAGCGUCUUUCAAAAUGGACCAAAGAGUCCCGAAGGGAAUUCAAAGAAGGGCGGGAAGCUCAUCUAUGCAAGUCACUCGCCGAUUGAACAAGCUGAAGUGGCUGUGAUCGUACAGCGACUUCGUAGCGACGAGAGCCAUUAUCAGAGCAAAGUAAAACACGAUGCGACGCGUCGCCCUCUAAAUGGUGAAGACGCCGAGGGAGGGAGCUCUCCAUUUCCUGACCACCGAGACCAGCCAGCUCCUGAGGCACUGAAAUAUCCCAGGCACGACACAUUCAAGGUUGCACGUCACUCUGGAAAACCGACUGUUGAUCUCAAAGUUGAGCCAUUCGUGAUGCACGUUGAAUGCGCGGAUCUCGAGAGCGCGAGGGCGCUGCUCACAGCGGCAGUGACAUGUGGCCUCAAGCACUCCGGCAUGAGCGUAGCUGGUCCAAAACGAUACAUUGUGGCUGUGCGGGGAAGUCAGAGACUGGAGGCACCUUUAGGAACUUGCACAACUAAUGCUGUCGCACUUCCGAGUCAGACAGACCUUGGAUCCGAGAAAAGAACUUCCAGAUGCGAGCUGCUGGUGUCGUUGGACUACUUGAACUUCAUGAUUGAUAUGUGUAAUGACAAGAUGAGUCUGAAUCUGAUGCAGAUCCGUAGGUUCGAGGCAAAACUGGAGGAAUCUUUUCGAGCUGUCCCUGCGAUUCAAGGUUCAGGACGAGACCUAAAGGAAGAUUUGCAGGCCGUAAAGCAUUUCAAGAACCGCAUCCGGAAAAGCCGUCCUACGCUCAGGAGCGACUCUGGAGAGCACCGUGCCUCAUCUAAAGCGCGCAGACGUGAAAGCCAGUUUCAUCCACCACAGAGGUCACAUCCUUCUUCCACUGCUCUUCCAAAUUCCGAACAGCGAUCAGCGUCGGAGGAGGUUCAGAAGUACCCGGUUCUGCCGCAUUACAUCUUGGAUUCCAAGAAUUUGGACGACCGACGGCGACUAGACUUAUGGAGCUGUGCAUGUGCGCUUGAGUAUCCUUUUUUGUGCGUCUACGGCGGGUUCGCUCGGAGCAAGCGAACGGACUGUUUAUUGGUGUACAACUUAGAGACUUCGUCAUGGGAAACGAAGCAAGCACCCGCUGCUCCUGAAGGCCCAGGCGCCCGGGUGUCGGCGUCGCUCCUUGCUCUCGGCCACGGAUACACCUUACUCCUCUUCGGUCGUAGAGGCCCCUCAGAACCGUGUUCCGACGCUUGGCUGCUGGACACGAGAACAUGGUCCUGGCUGCCUGCCCGGCCUACCUGCCAAGCCCAGAAGCUUCCCGCGACCGGCAGUUCAAGAUUGCGUCCCGAGGCUGGAUUGGAGAAACGCGCGCCACCCACAGAAGGGAAAACGACAUCUGACGAGCGGAAUCGCUGCGAGGUUUCACCGAAUGGACAAAUUAAUCCACUUGUCGAAGAGGAUGUCGCUCCGUCCGAUCACCCCGCAGGCCGCUGGAGACACGCAGCCUGUGUGCGACAAAGUGCUUGGACGAGGACGGAACGCGGGGCGCGUGGACUGGCGGAAGUGUGGAUCAUGGGGGGCGUCAACGGGGCACAGUCCGUCAGCGAUUCUGUUCUUAUCGAUUUGUGGCGCUUGACACUCCACAUAACCGAGGUUGAAGAGCCCAGCAGGCUGGUGGAGUGUCAGAGCUUGUGGACCAGGACCAUUGGACAAGGCGAUUGCCCACCACCGCUGCAUUCUUUUGCCAUGGUUGCGUCAUCCACACACUUGUUUCUCUUCGGGGGUCUUCGCGGCGAUGGAAUCAACGAAGCGCCGAUCCCUCUGGAGGAGGUCUACACAUUCCACAUCGAUUCUGGUGUUUGGCGACGGCAGCGCCCCCGGUGCGCUGUGUCUAUCAGUGGCGAACAGAGCACGUCGAUGGAUCCUCUUCACAAUCUCUGCGACAACGGAAAUCGAUUGGCGCCGUCACCGCGGUUUUCGCACAUCGCCCUUCCGGUGAACAGCACACAAAUCAAGCAUCUCAACAAUGCCGGAAACGCUGACUCGUGCCCUCCAGCUACACACGCACUUGUCGUUGGCGGCUGCGAUGGAUCGCAGCCUCUUGGUGACGUCUGGAGUCUUGAGCUCGAUUCUCUCGAAUGGAGGUUCGUCGGGAUGCUGCCAAACUCGAAUCGCUCGUGGAGAUGUCGAGUUGGCGGAGCGUUUUCGCCUGCUAGCGCUGAACUCUUCCUCGUUGGCGGCGGCGGAAUUUGCUUCACUUUUGGUUCCCAUGCAGACCCGGCAAUUGCAGUGAAUUUGCUACCUUUUUUCUGUGAAACUGAAGAAACAGUGUUGGAAACCCCGGCGGCCCUGCUGAUGCCCAGACUGGAGCCUGGUGCUGCCGGCAAGCCGAACGCGUCCAUGUCGCCUGCAGCAGAGAGUGAAGCGAGGCUGCCAAGAGGACCCGACCAAGAGACAGUAAAAGGGCAAGGGACAGAUGACAGAGAGAAUGGACUUUCCAGUCAAUCUUCGGACACCUGGCUUGUCGUUCGGAAUCAGAAUGAUGUGAAAUGGAUCAAGACGGUCCUUGAAGAACAGUUCAUCUACGACAAAGGCAGAAAGAUCUCCUCAGUUCCUGGGACUGCCGUAUCCCAGCUGGCGAGCAAACUGGACCUUCGCCAGCCCUGCGAUUCCGGGGUUCCGGAAGCAUGCCUUCAAAGGACUGCCGCCUUGACGAUGAUACCUGUUUUCCGAACCUUUGAGAUUGGCGCGGUACUCAAUAAGAGACACUCUGUCUCCGUCUCUGGCAUGACCACCGAAGACGAGUUGAGUUCAAAGCUUUGUUUUUACACCUACAGCGGAGAAGAGACGAAGAAACAGCGGGUGUUCUCUCUUGAUGUAGCCAUCGCGGAGAGCCUUCUAGAGGCAGCUCAGGAGCUGUCCGCGAGCACGGUUUUUCUCGAGAGGUGCUCCGACUUGCGAGCGUCACUGCUCAAAAGCAGCAACAAACGCAGGAAACCGUCUGAGACACUGGAGCCAAGUCGGUUGAAGUUGCCCACUCUUCCUCGUAAAUUCGAACGUCUCGGAAACGCUGUUCUUCUGCCAGCUGGCAGCCUCCAAGGCCUCAGCGCCUUUCUCGCUGAGGGAGAGACUCAUGUUGAUGGGAGGAGACUCGAGCCAUCAGUGUGGAAGCAUUUGGCGAAGAGACUGAAGGCGGAGACGAUUGGCGUGCAAGCGCCGAUCUCAGGGCCGAAGCGGCAAAGCCAAGUUCAGAUCAUCUACGGUGCCAGUGGCCUCGUCAACCACCAAGAGAACGGAGUGGUUUACCAUUUUGACGUGACGAAAUGUAUGUUUGCCUCGGGCAACGGGACGGAACGGGCGCGAUUUGUAAAUCUCAUCAGAGCAAGCAAUUCAGCUGAGCCGGAGACCGUGGUGGACCUGUUCUGCGGAAUUGGCUACUUUUCCCUUGCCGCUCUCACCUGCGCGGGUGCAGACAAACUGAAGCAUCUUUAUGCUUGCGACUGGAAUCAGGAUGCCCUCCAAUUCUUCGAAGCGGCCCUUGCUCUGAAUCACGUUGAUCCAAGACGGGUCACACUGAAUCUCUGUGACAGCUUCCAGACGCCCGGGCAAAGCUACGGUGAGUGCCACAGCGCGUCGACGCACGCGGAUGAAAGAGCUUUGGGACCUGCCCCUGCGUUUUUGGUGGGCAAGGCAGAUCGUGUGUCUCUUGGUCUUAUUCCCUCGAGCGAGCAAGCGUGGAGCACCGCCCUAGCGGUAGUCAACAGAGAACGAGGCGCUAUGCUGCAUGUACAUGGCAUAGGCCCAAUGGAAUUUGUUGAAAAGCCAGCGCAUUCUUUGCGGGUCUCAUGCGAGGCCGGCAGGUGGAACCUGAUUUCCGAACCAGGGGUGUGUGCCACCGAGUGCGAUUGUAAAGUGUCAGCGUCGAGCCACUUCAGAUCUUCUGAGACAGCGUAUGCUACCAUUCGUGGACAGAAGCUGUACCUCGGAAGGGAUAUUGGACGAGACCUUAAGUUUGCACAACACGUCCUACGCCGUUUGGCAGGUUUAGCAGUGGCCGAUUUCCCUAGUUUAUUUGGCAGUCACAGUGACUGCACGUGGGUAUUCAGUCUGUGCCAUGUGGAACGCGUCAAGUCGUACUCCCCGAAACAGUAUCACUUUGUCGUUGACGUGUCUUGCCGACCAGAGUCUGUGUUGGACGGCUCAUCGUGACCUCAUAGUCAGUGAAAUGUUUUGGGCGUUGCAGCUAGUAUUUUGACCACGCUGCACCAUCGUACUAAAUAAGAUGUCAAUGUCGCGGA